AUGCAGGGUAGAAGAAGCCGAAGAACAUUUAAGUUCCCUUUUGCCAAGUGUCCUCGACCUAAUAGAGCUAUCCAGCCCACUGGCCACUCGCUGUGGCUCCUCCCGCACACCUGGCCAACGCAACAGCGCCACCUGCAACCGAAUACCCUACACCAUACCCUUGCGCUGUGCGCGGCAGCAGCAGCAUUUGAACUUGCGCGGCUGCUCUCUGUUGCAGCGCACACGGACGAGGUGGCGUGGGGCGUGGCGGGCGGGGCGGCCCUGCUGCUGCUCUUGGUGGGGCUCGUGCUGUACCGCAACUGGCGCUACGAGCAGCAGCUCGACUCGCUGCUCUGGAAGCUCGACUACCGCGACAUCCAGCAGCUCGAGGUCAACCGCACAUGCAGGAGGCGUUUCCGGCAUGCUGAUGUAAAUGACUCUGCGCAGGCGGUGCGCACGAGCCAGGUGUCGCUGAGCUCGAACCCGGGCGAGCUGGAGUUCCGGUACGGCCAGCUGUACGCGGCCGUGGGCAUCUACCGCGGGCGCGCGCUCGCCGUCAAGAAGGUGCGCAAGCGCAGCAUCGACAUCACGCGCGCCAUGAAGAAGGAGCUGAAGCUCAUGCGGGACCUUCGACAUGAUAACAUCAACGCCUUUGUGGGAGCUUGUACCGAACCUCCAAAUAUCUGCAUUGUAACAGAGUACUGUUCACGAGGAUCUCUCAAGGACAUUUUGGAAAAUGAAGAUGUGAAGUUAGACAAUAUGUUUAUUGCCUCGUUGGUUGGAGACAUUAUACGAGUA